AUGAGCGAUUUUGUAAAAAAGUUGGGAAGGACUGUACUAUAAAAUGCAGUUUAUUCUACCAGUCUUUGUGCAAUAGUCCAUCUAACAGAUAAGGAAUAUUGGGAUGCUAAAAAACUAGGAUAUAUUGUUCUAUUUUGGCUUGGUGGCAUGAUGCCAUUAAAAAUGGGAUAAUAUGGAAUUAAUCAAAUGAUUUUAAAACGCAUGGAUCUUCCAAAUUAUAAUUUCUUUUACCUUCAUAAUGCUAAAGCUUUAUUUAUAGAUUUGAGCUUAAACCACUUCUUCUUCCCCUUUGUCUCAAUCACCAUGCUUUAUAAUUAUUUCUAAUAUGUUGUUCCUCAUGUUUACACUCCAAAACCUAAAACAGUGGAAAAAUUUGAUAAAAUAAAAGCUGAAACUGAUAAGAAACAGAUUUUAGAUAAAGAAGCUAAAAUUGCUUAAGACUUAUUGAAAGACAUUUUAAGAUUUAGAAUUCAUUUAUCAGCCAUUAGUGUAUUCUGGGAUUGUGCUUUUCCUAGAUAUAACAUGUCCAGGUAGGCUGCAAAGAUCGUAACAGAUUUAACACUUACUGGUAAGAAGAUUUAGUUUACAAAAGGUUAUUUAUUUGGAUUUAUUUGGCACACUUACUGUAUCAACAAAUAUUUUGAAUUUCAUCAUUGA